GAUGGCGGCGGCAGCGGCGGCGCGAGCGGUUACCGUGGGCUCCGGGCUCCGGGGCCUGCCGCGGACGCUGCCCCUGGUCGUGGUUCUCGGGGCCACGGGCACCGGCAAAUCCACGCUGGCGCUGCAGCUGGGGCAGCGGCUCGGCGGCGAGAUCGUCAGCGCUGACUCCAUGCAGGUUUAUGAAGGUCUAGACAUCAUCACCAAUAAGGUUUCAGCCCAAGAGCAGAACCUGUGCCGGCACCAUAUGAUCAGCUUUGUGGAUCCUCUUGUGACAAAUUACACAGUGGUGGACUUCAGGAACAAGGCAGCUGCUUUGAUUGAAGACAUAUUUGCCCGAGACAAAAUUCCUAUUGUCGUGGGAGGAACAAAUUAUUACAUUGAGUCUCUGCUCUGGAAAGUCCUUGUCGACACUAAGCCUCGGGAGACGGGCGCCGAGAAAGUGAUUGACCGGAAAGUAGAGCUUGAAAAGGAGGAUAGUCACGUACUCUACAAACGCCUGAGUCAGGUGGAUCCAGAAAUGGCUGCAAAGCUGCACCCCCAUGAUAAGCGCAAAGUAGCCAGGAGCUUGCAAGUAUUUGAAGAAACGGGAAUUUCUCAUAGUGAGUUUCUUCAUCGCCAACAUGCAGAGGAAGGUGGCGGUCCUCUUGGAGGCCCUCUGAGGUUCCCUAACCCUUGCAUCCUCUGGCUUCAUGCUGACCAGAAAGUUUUAGAUGAGCGCCUGGAUAAAAGGGUGGAUCAGAUGCUUGCUGCUGGGCUUUUGGAUGAACUCAGAGAUUUCCACAGACGCUAUAAUCAGAAGAAAGUUGCAGAAAAUAGCCAGGACUAUCAACAUGGUAUCUUCCAGUCAAUUGGCUUCAAGGAAUUUCACGAGUACCUGAUCACUGAGGGAAAAUGCACACCAGAGACUAGUAACCAGCUCCUAAAGAAAGGCAUUGAGACUCUCAAACAAGUGACAAAGAGAUAUGCCAGGAAGCAGAACCAGUGGGUUAAAAAUCGGUUUUUGGCCAGACCUGGUUCCAAUGUUCCCCCGGUAUAUGGCUUAGAAGUUUCUGAUGCUUCGAAGUGGGAGGAGUCUGUUCUUGAACCUGCUCUUGAAAUUGUGCAAAGUUUUAUCCAGGGCCACAAGCCUGAAGCCACUCCGGUGAAGGUGUCAUGUACUGAAAUAGAGAACAAGAGAAGUCACCAUGUGUGUGAACUUUGUGAUCGAAUCAUUAUUGGGGACCGAGAGUGGGCAGCACAUAUAAAGUCCAAAUCUCACUUGCACCAGCAGAAGAAAAGAAGAAAACUGGACUCAGAUGUUAACACCAUAAAAACGAUUUCCCCGGACUGUAACAACGAGCAUAAGGAGAAGAGAUCCCCAGGGCUGAACGAUGAAGAGCUGGAAGCCAGUGUUUAAGAGACAGUUUGAGUGGCUAGGCAGUAUGGCUGGAUCUAGUUCAGGAAGGGAAAAUAAUUCCACCCUGAGUUCAGGGGUGGUGUCCCGAAGACUCCCACCAUUUCUUUUCUUUUUUUUUU